AUGGUUUCUGAAGUCAGAAAGCGCCCGUCGGGUGCUGAUCACAGCCCUGUCCAUGAUGAACAUCCUCAACCCAAGAGAACAAAGACGGGAUCAGCGCAAAGUGCUGCCCCAUAUGCCAGGUCCCAUGCAGGCGCGACAGGGAAGAUUGAUUCAAAUGGGGAUAAGUAUUGGGAAAUUUCCAAGAUGCGCAGAGUCACGAUAUCGACUUUUCGCGGCAAAACCAUGGUCAACAUCAGAGAAUACUACGAAAAGGAUGGUCAGGAGCUUCCUGGGAAGAAAGUAAGCUCUCUUUCACCUGUGGUUUUUACUCUCGAGAGGGUUUACUCAAUUAAUCCAAGGGUAUUUCUUUGCCGCUUGAUCAAUUUGCCUCGCUAG